AUGGCGUUUCGUCUUCUUCUCCUCUUCUUCUCUUUACUUCCAACUGCGUCGGCUGUGUAAGAAAUACUUUUUAUUUUCUGUGGUUGUUAGUUACAAUAUUAGUUUCAAAAGUAAAUUCGAAACGGAAAAUCUUCUAUAAACCAUUCCGUGCCAGCUUUUGUUUCCCUCUGAGCUACAGAAUCAUCCUGUUCGAAGCGCGCGGCCUAUUUCUGGGCAUGCGCCUUCAUUGGGCCUGAAAUAUCCGUUAUAUUAAAGGCGCAUACACAGGCAGAGGUCGCGCGUAUUGAUGGGAAAAGUUCGGUGGUCUGAGGAAAACGAAAAUCGUGACAAGCUGGCGCGUAGAACGGUUCCUCGAACAUGUUAGAUUUGAAAAAGAAAACGUUGAAGAUGCAAAAGCUGUACCCUGCCUCCCUUCGUUCCUGAACCAGAAGAAAUUACUGGAAUGUACCUUUAUGCGCCUAAAACCAGGUAGAUUCUCAAUCUACGCAUAACACAACAAAUAGAGGUCAUACAGGACCUCGACAAGUGCAGACGGAUGCGAAACAUCAGAAAUUUCCUGCGAGUUGCUUUCUUACAAUGUUCAGCAGCCAAUUCUUUACGUGACAGCCUUCUUUAUGUUGAAAACUCUAAUGAGAAAGAUUUGAGGUGAGAAUGGGUGAAGUCUUAAGCCCCUUUUCUCCGCUUGUUUCCAUCAACAUGAUGUGUCAAGAUGGCACCGCUACUUACUCGUUGGAAGGAACUUCAUACGUUUUCGACAGCUUUAUGUGCGCCGACAUAAGUCUGUCAGUUAUUGCACUUCUCACAAGGAGAGUUCUAAUUGGGCAGAUUUCAAGAAGAAAAUUAUUCAUCUUUGCCCUUGGAAUAAUGGGGCUUCAAAAGCACCAAAAAUCAUUGAAAAUCUCUUCAAAACAGUAUCAGUUUUUGAACGUCGAACCGCCACUUAAGCUCCGCCCCUAAUGGCUCAAUUAACCAAUCAGAGAGAGUGUUCAAACACGUAGUUCAAUUAUGAAAAGACUAUCCAACCUUUGAGGCGUCACAACCCGACUGGGAAUUUUGUUUUUGAGAAAAGAUUCAAAUCCCAAAAUGUACACCAGUAUAGGUUGUCCUUUUGAAUUUCCCUUGGCCGUAUCGCUCAGCUUCAAGUUGAAAACAUAUAUUCAGAUGUCCUGAUUGCACUCUUCCAAGUUUCCGUCAAGAAAACGACGGAGUUGUGGGAAUGUAUCAGUACCCUGCUAGAAUUGAGUUAUCAAACAUCGAUAAUCGAUGAUUUAAGAUAAAAUAUUCAGUGUUGUUUCGGAAAACGGAUGCAGCAGUUUACAACUCAAUUGCGACAAGUUGGAUCCCACGAUCUAUUAUCAAAAUCCCGUUCUCCUUGUUAUUUUUUGGUGAACUUUUGUUUGAAAGUGUUUAGAGAUUUAAGGCUCGAACAAAUUCGACGAUUUCAACAUACACUUUGGAACUCCCGCUCAAACUGAGCUGUCAAAGUGGAAGUCCUGCUGCUGUUUAUUCUUACGAAAACAAAUCCUACGUUUUCAAUACUGCCACUUGCGCAUCUUCGAGAAUUGCUGAUUCGUAGGUUUUUGGGCACCUUUUUGUGAAACUCAGUUCCAAAUGAAAGCCAAAAACUAAUCGCCGAAGUUUGAUCAAAAACUGCUUCCGAGAUAUAGUCAAUGUUUCCCGACUUAAAAGGCGAGGGAGGUGGGGCAAGGGACGCGUAGCGUGUGCGUACGCGGUUCGUGGCACGAGUUCAAUUCAAUAGUCAGCGACCAUUUGGAGAGCUCAUUUAUUGCUCUUUUCGUUUCUUUUCAAAUUAUUUAUCGAUUUUUUCAUGUGGGCAUUAAAAAAUAUAUAGCUGAUUCACGGCUGGCUUGAUCCAUCGAAAAAACGGGUCCUGACACGAUAAUGAACGAGACAGCACUCGGCGCGUGGAGAGCGCAGACAGGACACGCCCCCUUAUCGUCCCAAGCUGGCCGUGAAUCAGCUAUAGUAGAACCUAUAAAAAAAGGAGCGGUGACCGAGCAUUUAAAAUAGUCGGUGCGCUUUAAAAUUGAACUCAUGCUAAGAACUGCGUACGCACACGCUACGCGUCAUGCGCUCUGCCGCGCCUCCUUCGCCUUUCAAGUCGGGAAACAUUGACUAUAACACAUCCAUUUUUUUUUCAAGAUGCCAAGGUUGUCCUAUCCCACAGUUCGUCGCCAAUCCUGAACCCAGUUCUGACUAUUAUCAAUACCAACCGACUUACGGGUAAUUUGAAAUCCGACAGAAUUUAUAGGUAAACUCAAUUUGACAGCACCGCGACAAACGAAAACGGAUGCGUGACUACGGUAACUUGUGAUAAGCUCAAUCCAAACGGCUAUCAACAAGAUCCUAGACUUCUUGUACUCUUUUUUAAAAUUUAGCCAAACAUCUUAUCGACUAACUUUUAGUUGAGAGUCCCUGGUGCCCUGAUAACCUGGCAAUGGGGAAGCAAUACCACAUUGACCUGUCGAGACGGCAAUUCUACCCUUGAAAGUGGAGAUACUGCGAUCGAUUUCAAAACUCUCGUGUGCAUUGUGGCCAAAAAGACGUCAGUUCCAAUUUUCAAACGAUUAAAUAAGUUAUUUUUCAAGGUGCCAAGUUUGCCCUCGACCAUCUUCAGCUCCCAAUCCUGAACCACAUCCUGCUUUUCUUCAAUACGAACCAACCUACGGGUAACUCAAAAUUCAGCCAACAUCAUUGGAAAGCCUAAAAAAACAGUACCCCGACAAGUGAAAACGGAUGCGUAAUUGCGGUAACCUGCGACAAGCCCGACCCCACCAGAUAUGAACAGAAUCCUAGACUUCUUGUGAUAUACUCAAGUGAACUAAGCAAUCUAAUCGAGAGACUUUUAGUUGAGAGUCCCCGGUAACCUCAUCACCUGGGAAUGGGGAAGUCCCACAUUGACCUGCCAGGACGGCAACUCUACUCUUGAAGGUGCACCUUACCCAAUUCAGUUUGAUACUCUCGUGUGCAUUGUGGCACCUAAGUGAGUUUUUUUUUCUUCAAAAUCACACAAAGUCAAGUUAUUUUUCAAGGUGCCAAGUUUGCCCUCGACCAUCUUCAGCUCCCAAUCCGGAACCACAUCCUGCUUUUCUUCAAUACGAACCAACCUACGGGUAACUCAAAAUUCAGCCAACAUUAUUGGAAAACCUAAAAAAACAGUACCCCGACAAGUGAAAACGGAUGCGUAAUUGCGGUAACCUGCGACAAGCUCGACCCCACCAGAUAUGAACAGAAUCCUAGACUUCUUGUGAUACACUCAAGUGAACUAAGCAAUCUAAUCGAGAGGCUUUCAGUUGAGAGUCCCCGGUAACCUGAUCACCUGGGAAUGGGGAAGUCCCAAAUUGACCUGCCAGGACGGCAACUCUACUCUUGAAGGUGCACCUUACCCAAUUCAGUUUGAUACUCUCGUGUGCAUUGUGGCACCUAAGUGAGUUUUUUUUUCAAAAUCACACAAAUUCAAACCUUCCCGCCUUGAAAGCUGAAAUGGGGUAGAUUGGCAAGGGUGAAGUGUGCGACGCGGCUUUGGCGGGGAACUCGAGGUCGAACACGAGCUUUUGAAUAAAUUGUAGUUUUUUAGAAUUUGGAAAAGGGUGAGCUAAAGUGAUUAAGGUAUAAAAAUAAUUUGAAAAGUUUCUUUCUUUAUGACUCCUUUUGAUCUCAAGUUCCCGCCAUUCGCAUACCAAAAGCUUCACCUAUGCCAACCUACCCAUCUCUACUUUCAAGUCGAGAAAAAUUGACCAAAUUGACAAAAAACAUUUGAAAGGCUUCGUUCUUGUGAAAAUAAAAAGUGAAAAGCUGAUGAAGUUUUUUUUUUGAUGUAAAUUAGAGUCAAAGUUACUAAAACUCAUCGUCAUGAUUAACUGUGAUUGAAGGUGCUUUGAUUGCUCUCUACCACCACCUUUCGUUCUCAAUCCUGAAGUUGCUGAGUAUUUUCAUCAGUACCCACCAACCUACAGGUAUUUUUCCAAAUCGUAAGGCAUAAUAAACUCUCCCUCAUACAGCCCCUCAGAAGAUUCGAGAUGGUGCCCUGCAUUUACAGCUUCUUGCGAGAAGCUCGACCCCGUAGGAUAUGGACAAGACCCUGCUUUUCUCGUUACUACUUUUCGAAACUAUGAUUCUAAUCGACAAGAUUUAAGAUAACUUCUGCUGAUGGAGUAUAUAGUCUCCAGGAAUGGGAAAACGCCAAAUUGACCUGUCUAGACAAUAUUUCUUACGUUGAGAAUGGAAACACUUCAAUCGCCAUCAAAAAUGUCGUUUGCACUGUUGGGACGUUGUCGGAGUUCGUUUUUCUUUGUUUCAGUUUUUUUUUCUCCUUAAAGUCCUUGGGUGAUUAAUCUGAACUUUUUGGGACAGAACACUUUUGUAGAAUAUUUGAUAAUGACCACAAAAAUAGAAGCAAUUUUUCCAUAUUUCUUUGGUUCAACUUUUUUAUUUGUGCCAGGUAUAUAGUUUUCUUGAGUUAUCUUUUAUAAAUGGAAAUCGAAUGUUUUUACAGUUUUCAAAUCAAAUAUCGUCUGAAAGUCGUACUAUAAUCAAGUUUUCCCGACUUGAAAGAAGAGGAAGACGGAAAGGAGGCGGGAAGCGUAUGCGGUUCUUGGCAUGAGUGCAUGUGUGUAUGUAGAACAUAUAGAAAAAGAGCGGUGACCAAGCUUUUUAAAUAUUCGGUGGCGAUUGAAUUGAAAAAAGGCGUACGCAGACGCUACGCGUCUCGCCUCCUUCGCCUUUCAAGUCGGGUAGGAAUGACUUUACUAUAAUUUUGCUCAGUUGUUCGUCGUGUGCUCUACCGGAAUUCCAUAUAUACCAAGAUUUAGUGACUUCUACAAUAUAUUAUUAUCCACCAAUGAUCAGGUUCCUUCGAAGAUUAAAAACUUUUUUCAAAAAAUCUUUCAGAGCUUCUUGCGAGCGCGGAUGCGAGAAGAUUGAAAUAUUCUGCGAGCCACAAGACCCUAACGCUUUCCAAAUUGAUAGCACCUUGCUUUUCGUAAAUUUUGAUAUUUUUUUUCUGUUCAACGCCUGAAGAUUCAGGUAAGAAAUGCCAAUCUGACGGGAUUUCCAUUGGCUUUAAACGCAUCCAACUCAAGCAUCUUUAACGUAAAUUGUGCCGGCGGUAUACCAACGUUGGAUCACCAAGGCGGGACCACCUUUUUAGAAAAAGUGGCAUGUGCAGUAGCACCAUUGUGAGUUAGAGAGAGGUUUACAAAGAGUAUAGUGUGUGUGCCACGACUUAAAAUUUCACCGAACGACAUUCCGCUGUUCCUCUGCGAGCAUUCGCGAAGCGUCUUUCGAAUCUAGGUCACGCUUUCAAUUGAUUGUUAUUGCUGUGGGAGCACAUGAAAGUAGAGUACCUUGAUGAGAAUUAAAAGUGCGACCAAGGUUCGCAAAGGCGCGCAGCGGCACAGGGGAAUGUCGUUUGGUGAAACUCCAAAUUGUGGUAUACAGGCUAUACAGAAAUCACUAAAAAUUUCGCGGUAGAUAAAACUCCCCCAUAGAGAUCACUUGAGCUUUAAAGGCCAAGGAAUAAAUUCUAAACACCUAUAGAGACCACCUAAAUUUUCCCCUUAUAUGAACUAUUUUUUCGUCCCAGAAGAAGGCUAAUUUUCCCCCUGACACACAGUGUUUCAAAACGGGCGAGUGCAGGCGAAAACAAUGGUCGUCUCAAUGGAGCGAAAACGCGAGUUCCUUCUAACGCAACGCGGUGCGGCGCGUGUCAACCUCUCAAAAUUUCAUUCAAUUUAAAUAUAGUUUUUUUUUCUUUUUCUCGUUUUAGGAUUGCGAGGGCCCAGGUGAAUAGCAAAUGUUUUGUUAGCCGCAAGGGGCAAGCCCCAGGUAGAUGACCAUUCAAAAAUAGAUUUUAUACUAUGUUGGAGAGAUUCUGGGUUAGAACCGUAAAUUUUGAUAUCAUUAAAACUUCACUUCAACUUAUCUACUCAUCGGGGCGGAGCGCCCCUGGGCAACUGCUCAAAACAGCGGGGCGCCCCGGGUCGCCCCGUCAGCAGCACUGGCCUUCAACACGUCUAAAAGUUACACGGAAGAGCCAAUGACCCUUUUGGUGUAACAAAAACUUACCCGUCAUCCGAGUUUAAUAGGAAAAAAAAUUUCCCAACCCCAAUUCCAUCCUACUCCGGAUAUUUUUUUUUGAAUUUUCAGGAAUCCAUAAAGAAUUUGAGCAAAAAUUUUUUGAGAAAAGUUCUCUAAUGAUGGGAAGUCUGUCACAACUUCAGAAAAUUUCCAUAAAUUUAGUCCAUGAAAAAAAAAGCGAUUUUAGAAAGAAAUGGCCAUUUUACUCAUGCAAUUUUAUUGUUCUCAUCAAAAUUCGUGAAAAAAAUAAUGGCAAAAAAAAGUUAGCGGCAAAAGGAUUUGAAUUUUCAUCAUAGGCUCCGCAAGCUAACACGCUAACCACUGUACCACGCUCCUAACUGCCAUGCGGUGGUUGGUGGCGCGGCCACAUUCCUUCCAAACGGCGUCACAUGGCUGAGGAUAAAAACAUUGAAAGAACAUAUCUCAAAAACAAAAAGUUUGCGCAGAUAGCGACUAUAAGGGAUCGAUUCCCAGUCCAUCAAAGAUUGUUUAAGCAAGUUUAUAAAAAAUUCUGAACUCUACGCUAAAAUGACCUCUCCUAUAGAGAUGACUCUGGAUCUACUACGUGCACUACCUGCGAUUUACCGUUUUCACCGCCAUCAACAUCUGAGGAGAAAGAAUACUACUACGCUCUCACGAAAAAGUGCGUUUCAGUAGUAUUUUUCCUUCUACCUUACUUAGGAUUCUUAUUAUUAUAAAAUUUCAGUAUAACAGAAAGUGAUUGUUCUACAUAUCAUUACUGCGCAGCGUUGGAUGAGACUAUUUACAAACAACCGUCGACCUUAAUGGUAAAUAUCCUUGACAACCGAAAAAAGUAA